UGUGGUAACAAGCAACUUCCUAACUUUAGUACAUUUAGAAGUUUCGCUAGUGAUUCCAGAUAAACUACAAAUAGCUAUUGCAGAUCGGAAUGGCAGCACCAAACUUUACUGGAGAUGGACAGCAGAAGACGUUCGAAGACUUAACUUGCUCGUCAGAUUCAACUACUGGACUGCACGGCCACUUGAUAUUUAUUUCAGUAUUAAACACUUUUCUGUCGGUUACUGCAUUUCUUGGGAAUGCUCUGAUCCUAAUUGCUCUUCACAAGGAGUCUUCACUUCAACUGCCGUCCAAACUCUUGCUUCAGAACCUGGCAUCAACUGAUCUCUGUGUUGGUCUUAUUUCAGAGCCUCUCGCUGUUAUCUAUUUGAUGUCUGUAGUAAACAAACAUUGGGAUAUUUGUCCCUUCGCAGAAAGGGCACAGUUUAUAACGAGUUAUAUCUUGUGCGGAGUGUCGGUUGGAACUAUGACUGCUAUAAGCGUGGACAGACUUCUCGCCCUGUUGCUGGGACUGAGAUACAGACAAGUUGUAACUUUAAAGCGAACCUACGUGAUCGUUGUUACCUUAUGGGUUAAUGUAACUGUCAUGUCAGCACUACUAUUUUGGAAUCCCCUGAUAAACUUAUGGUGUGCUAUCAUAGCUAUAUCUCUGUGUCUUAUAAUCUCGACCUUCUCUUACACAAAGAUUUUUUUCACCCUCCGUCAACAUCAAAGUCAAGUACAAGGCCACGUUCAACAGCCGAGCCAAAAAAAUCAACUGAACAUAGGACGAUACAAAAAGGCAGUGUCCCGUGCAAUAUGGCUGCAACUGACGAUGGUCGCUUGUUAUCUACCUUAUUGUGUGGUCGGGGUUGUGGCGGCUUUGGUGACUAAUAGGGGACCAUCUUUAUCUCUUGCUUACACUUGGAUGUAUGUAAUCACUUUAGUUUACUUAAACUCGUCAUUAAACCCGAUUCUUUACUGUUGGAAGAUAGAGGAAGUCAGACAAGCAGUGAAGGACACAAUCAGACAAGUACUUUGCCAUUGUUUUUCGAGUGAACUCUUGUACACCAAUACGAUGGAAAGGGUUAAUAUAAAUGAUAUUUAACGACUAAGAUUUAGAAGUGCUCGUUAACAUUGCAUUAAAUUUAAAAGUGGUACUUAAUCAUCUUAAUACACCAUAAUGAAAUGUUUCUCUAGCAAUAAGAUAGCCAUCGAGAAAGUUUACAUCAUUGUUGUAAUUAAAUAAAACAUUUGUUUCAAAUUGUAAGUUUACAACUGUGAAUAAAGAUAAAAAACAAUAAAUUGUCAUUUUUCUGUGCGGUAAGGUAAGCAGUUAGUAGGUUUUGAUAUUUGAUUUUUCGUUCAUAUUUCAGAGACGCGCAGAAAGUGCGGAGUUUUUAUGAGAUGGGUGAGCAAUUCUGACACUAAAUUAAAUACGUUAAUUCCCAGUGCACUGAGUAGGGAAAAGUUUGAUAGCGUACAGAUGGUUACGAAAUUAAAAAGAAAAUUGUGCGCUUGAUUUUUUGCAAUAAUCGUCUCGAGUUCAGCCAUACUCUGGUGUUUCCAUGACUCGUCUUUAGUUCAACCCCGCUCCCACCCUUCCCAUAAUGAUUUACUAUACAUUUAUAGCAUAAAACAAGGAGUGAAGGAUGGUACAUAGUUAACAUUCACGCAAGAAUUGCCCAAAAAUUAUUUCUGAAGUCUUCACUGAGCCUUAAGCUGAAUUUUUUUUGGAACAUGCAAAUGUUUGCUAUUUUGUUUCAUAGAUGACGCAUAUUUCUGCAGCUGCGAGGACAAAAUGUUUU